CCUAUCUUAUCAUCCCAGUUCCCUUUCAACCUCGGCACUGCUUCAAUUACUGUUACAGGGAUGUCACCCUUCGGAGGGGCUAUCUCCUGAAGAGUGGCUAGCUCCUCCUCGCCAUGAGGUCACCAUGACUAUCGGCGCCAUUGUCUCGUGGGCCUUGCAUGGCCCUUCGGCUGGCCCUAUGCUGAGGGAUAAUGUCCUAGAUAGGGUCUUGGAACCCUUGUAUACCGCAAUGGACGGAGUGUCUUGUCUUUUGGUAUAAGAAGGCCAAAAUCUCAUGCUGACAUUCUUUUCAUCAGAGCAUUCAUCCGCUGCAGAUCACAGCAUUCAUUCUUUCACAGCUCAUUCCAGUCCUGUCUGUCUCUAACUUGGUUAUUCGCUCCUUCAACUCCCAUAGUUUCCUUCUCUUGAUAAUUACGUCACAUUCUUUUCCUUCUACAAUGUACAACUUCCAGAGCCUUCCGGCACUGCUAUGCCUCGUGCUGGCUGUCGCUCCCGUCCUGUCUGCACCUGUCGCUGCUGGAGAUGGAGCCGUUGUGCGAAGACAGAGCCACCACUUCAAUACCAACACCCAGUCCGGUUCUAACAUGGGCUUCUCUAUCCCUGAUGGCCCAUCCUACAACUCUGGCCAGUACGCUUCGAACGCAUAUCGCGAAGACCGUGGGGGCGACAUGGAUGACAAUGAGGGCUCAAGUGAGUCCAGCAACACCAACGCAGGGAACUCGAUGAAUAUCGGCAUCCCGGGUGGUCCCAGCGUCAACUUGGGCAACUACUUCAGUAACAACUAUGAAGAAUCUGAAGAGCCACGGCCAAAGCCCUCGACUACUUCCACUACCACCAUCCCAGAGUCCACAACGGCCCCUCCACCUCCACCAGUCAACCCUCCUAUUGAGACUUCUGUUCCUGCCCCUCCUGCCCCUCCUACUACAACUACCACCACUACCCAACCCCCUCCUCCUCCCCCUACAACCACUGCUCCCCCGGCUCCUCCUACAACUACUGCUCCUCCUGCUCCUCCAACCAUUACUCCACCAGCUGCUCCCCCUACCACUGCUCCUCCAGCACCCCCAGCUCCGUCUACCCCCUCCGAGCCGGCUCCUCCUGUUGAGACCGAAGAACCUGAGGAGCCAGUGCAAGCAUGCCCAGCACCGGAGCCUGAGCCACAGCCUGAGCCUGAGCAGCAGUCUCCUGAGCCUCCAGCUGAACAUGGACCUUCCCCUGAACCGGAGUCAUCUCCUGCCCCCGAGCCUACCCCUGCACCUCAGCCCAACCCUACACCAAGCCCUCAACCAGAGCCCCAACCUGACCACGAGCCUGCAUCCGAGCCCAGGAUCAUACCCACUCCUUCCCCAGCUGCUCCAGCAUUGCCUGCAUACACCUGUCAAUGCCCUGCGUGAGCUUGACAUACGUUUCCCAUCACCCCUUCCACUUUCUUUGCCUCUAUCCAUAACUCUCAUUCAUGAAUUCCCCCUGCCCCUGCCCCUGCCCCAUCAUCCCCCACAAAGUUUCCUUUUGUCAAUCACCAUCAUUCAUUCCCUACCCCUCUUCUCCCAAAUCCCAUAUUUUUCCCCCCUUCGAUAUACAAAUUCUCCCCCAGAGUGAUUCUAGUUUAACUGGAAACACUGUGUUGUGUCUAUUGCUUGUUGAUUUCGUCUGGAUGGUUUUUUUGUCCCAUUUCAUUCCCUUUCAUUUUCUCUUACUUUUCUUUUCUUUUCUGAAUCACUGGGUGGUUAGCAUAUGAACCUUGUAAUGUUCUUUGGGUUGUAUUACUACUACUACUACUACUACUACUACUACUACUACUUACUACUACUACUAUUAUUUACAGU